AGGCGGCUUGCUGUAUGUAUCAGUCAGGGAGAGCGAGUCAGUGAGCCGCAGCGCUGUGUAGAGACGGGGUGUUGUAGUUGGCUCAUGUCGAACGGUCUUAAUAGAGAAAAUACGUCGCUGUGGAGACGAACAGACGAAAUUAUCCUUUCCAAACAGCGGACGGAGCGAAUAAGGUUCUUGCGGUCUCCAGGGAGUGAGAGAAGCCUUGCGACUGCUUGGUGAAGCAAUAGUGGCUUCUGGUCUCUUCAGUCUCCCUUUUCACCUUUGUCAAGAUGGGGAACGGUUUAUCGGAGCCCCACAGCAUCUUCCCGGGACUGCCAUCGUUCCAGGCCUUGCAUAUUGUCAUUCUCGGACUGGACUGUGCCGGCAAGACUACAGUGUUGUACAGGCUGCGCUUCAAUGAGUUCGUGAACACGGUCCCAACUAAAGGCUUCAACACCGAGAAGAUCAAAUUGGUUCUGGGCACUAAAAGUCGGACGGCAGCGUUCCACUUUUGGGAUGUAGGCGGUCAGGAGAAGCUGCGGCCGCUGUGGCGCUCAUACACACGCUGUGCCGAUGGCCUUGUGUUUGUGGUGGACUCCGUGGACACUGAGCGCAUGGAGGAGGCCAAAACAGAGCUGCACAAGAUCACAAGGCUGCAGGAGAACCAGGGCGUUCCUGUGCUUGUGCUGGCCAACAAGCAGGACCUGCGUAGUGCGCUACCGCUGGGUGAACUGGAGAGGCUGUUGGCGCUCAAUGAACUCGGUUCCCACACGCCUUGGCAUCUCCAGCCGGCUUGUGCCAUCAUUGGAGAGGGCCUACAGGAGGGUCUGGAGCGUCUGCACGGCAUGAUCAGCAAGCGGAGGAAGAUGAUGAGGCAGCAAAAGAAGAAGAGAUGAGUGAGACGGGUUAGUCAGGUUCACUCAUCUUGUUACAUGCCUCCUGUCACUGUGCACUGGUGGAUCCAUUAAUUUUACUGGUUGAGUUUUAUCAGCCUGAUUGAUAGAGCUGGAGGGAUACAGUUCAAAGACUGUUCGUUAACCACUGUAGACUAUUGAUUUGUCACCUUGGUCGUGGAAGGGUGCGCCGGAGUUGUCCAGAUGACAUCACAGGACCUUUGAUACUACUUAAGUGGACAUGUUGUUCAUUGAUUUCUUAUGAAGGUAAACACUGGAGGAAAAACUCGUACAUCGUGAUGUUCUUUGACCGCCAGUGUUAAAUAAUCUGUGAUCCACAUGUGAAUUAAUGAAGCGAAAAGAUAGAUUACCAAAGCCCCUGCGGAAUGUUCUGAAAAAUCUAAUGUACACAUAGUGGUGAUCUUUCACUCCUGUUCAUGUGCUAAACACAAGCCUUUUUUUAUUGGACCACUGUUGCACAACAGAGGUGGCGUUGUAAGGAGAACCAGGAUAAGCUUUAUGCGUCACUACUUGGGAAACACAUAAAUGAUUGCGUAUAACGUCAGACAACUGAGUGCUUCACCAGCCAAAACACAUGCAGUCCUGCACUAUCAGGUGUCUUGUUUGAAGGUUAACAGGACUUCUCCCAGGGUUCCUGAAGUUUUUCUGUCUUUACAAUCAAAGUGGAAUGAUGGUGUUAUUUGUAGUACUAUACACCAUGUGUGCUUCCCUCUACAUUUAAAUGCACUUUAGCAAACCCCUUUUGUAGACUAUGAACAUCAGAUUUUGUAUAAAACCUAUGACAUUGCUUCAAAUGAAGCGUUUUAUAAGUUGUUUCAUGUUCAGGUGUGUCAUUUUGUCACUCAGUAUGUGUGUGAUGGAGGGCUUUGUAUGUGUCAAAAGUUAUGCGCCUUGAAUAAAACAACAGAUUCAAUCAAGAAACUUGAAUAUUUUGAGUCCUGAUAGUGUAUUGCAUGCUUUUCUCUGCUUUUUAUUGUAAUCAUAAGCCAGUGAUAUUUAUGGAAUUUCUUAGAUACUAUUUCCUAAUCUGAUAAUGAUAUCUAGACAACUGAAUUCAGUGGACGUUGGCCUUUUAGUCUGUGGCGUGGAGAAAUUGUACCAUGCCUUAUUUAAAUGGAAGUGCUCCAUUCCAUGCGAGUAACAUGCACUUUUCCCCUCUUCGGCCUCCACCACAAUGAUGUAUAAGCUGAUCUUCACAAACACACACACAUACAUGUCCAUUCCCCAUUUUGAAUGCGGUGUCAGAAUUAAAACAGCUUGAGUUUGACUGGAAGUGGGCUAUUUAAAGUCUCAACAAUUCAGCAGAUUGAUAAGAUCUCUGCCUAUAUCAAUUACAUUAUGGUGCUUUAGAGAUAUCUGAUCACAUAAAAGUGGCUCAGGGCAGCAGAGUGACUCAGAGGGUAGUGCUGCCACCUCACAGAGUACCUGGUUCGAUCCUGAGCUCAGGUAAC